UCUACCUGUACGUCAUCGGAAAGGGUGUCUGUGUCCUUGACCGGCAUGUGUGCGCAGUGUGUGCGCUGUGAGUCUGUAUGCUAACUGAGUGAUGUAGGUGUUUAAUUAAACUACAUUACCUGAAUUAAAGCUCAGAGCCGCGGUCUCAGUUUUUCGCCCACAAUCUGAAAGAAAAUGCCGCUACAUAAGUAUCCUCCGCGAAUUUGGGAAGCCCUGAAGUUACAGAAGGGUAUCUACUCUCGUCUACCUCAGCACUACCUCAAAACCUUACAGGACACGACCCCUUCCACCGCAGUGCACUGGAAACCUCUGGGGGUAAAAUACAGAGCCAACCCCAAGACAGGCCAGCGGGAGAGAGUGCAGGACAUCCCCAUCCCCAUUUAUUACCCCCCAGAGUCCCAGGACGGCCUUUGGGGUGGAGAGGGCUGGAUAUCGGGUUUCAGAUACGCCAAUAAUGACAAGCUCGCUGCGAAGGUGAAGAAGACCUGGAAACCUCAGCUCUUUAAGAAGGAGCUAUAUAGUGAAAUCCUUGACCAGAAGUUCAACAUCACGGUCACAGCUCGUACACUAGAUCUUAUUGAUGCAGUUUAUGGCUUUGACUUCUACAUCCUUAAGACCCCAAAGCAGGAUUUGCACUCCAAGUUCGGGAUGGACCUAAAACGUGCAAUGCUUCUCCGGUUAGCUCAGAAGGACACAGAGCUGUACCCGGACGAUCCUGUACGAAGGGAGAAGAUCUACAACAAAUAUAAGCAGUUUGAGAUCCCAGCCGAGGAAGCAGAGUGGGUGGGGUUGAGUCUGGAGGAGGCUGUGGAAAAGCAGAGACAGCUGGAGCAUAAGGAUCCUGAGCCGCUGUACAAGAGCUGCGUGGAAGACCUUGUAAAGGACAUCGCCAUACAGAAACUCUCAGAGCCCACAGUUGUGGGAAAGAAGGACUGAGGAGAGGAUCAGUGUAGAACCAUCAUUCAGUGUGUAUAUAUAAAAUAUCUAUAAAUAAAUUUGAGCUUUGCUUUUGCCUUUUUA